UUGAUCUCUCACCCGAGGAUUAUUUUCUGCCGCCAACCCAGAGGUUCCAUCGCAUCUUUUUUUCGCAAACCUCAGAUCUGGUCCGAAUAUCAUCGUAGUUUUUCCCAUCGCAAAGAGCCUCUUCCAUCAUAGUUCUCUCUCCCUCCUUUCGACCUUACCGAGCUGGAGCGGCGCGCCAUGGCUGCUGCCGUAGUUCUCAGCACGAGCGAUCAGCUCCGGCAGCUCGAGGAUGCCCGGAAGCUUGUGCUCAGCGACGCCAACUACUACGGGGCGGUGGUGGCCGGGAUACUGCCCAUUGUCACCCAGUCGGACGCCGUGGAGCUGCGCAGAUGGGGCGCUGAAUUCAUCGCCGAGGCCGUCUCGACGCCGGCGGUACCGAUACGGGCGAAAGAGGACCUGUGUCUCAAGACGCUCGAGACACUGAAGAGGCUGGUGGAGGAGCGGAACUUGGACAUAUUCGUUUUGAAGUCCGUAAUCAUGGCUGCGGCGAGCGUUUACCCUUUGCUGGUACGAUGGAUAAUCACCAACCCCCAUGACCGCGAAAGUUGGGAGACGAUGGUCUCUAUCAAGGCAAAUAUAUUGCGGAUUUGGGACGAUGCUGCGCCACCUCUCCGGAUCUGCUGCGUAAAGUUUGCCCAGCGAGUCGUCCUUGCGCAGACGGUGUCAAAUGGCACAGAACAAAAAAACUCUGGGCUUGAUGUCUCGCUGUCAAUGAUUCCGCCAAAUCAUGCGUUGUUAGACCAUCGCUAUCUUGAGGCAGAGGCUACGGGACUCUUGGACAGGAUGCUUGGUACUCUACAAGACAACAGCAGUGAUGCUCUGCUCGUCGACGCAACCCUAAAUACCCUCUCUAUCCUCGUCCGGACGAGACCUAAUACCUCCAACAGGGUUUUGAAUGCGGUGUUGAACUUCAACCCUCUCAAGCUUGCCAACUCACCGAUGACGCCCAAAUCCAGGGUAUAUGUGAAGUCCAUGGAGAAGACAACGCGCAUGCUCUUGAUCCAUCUUGCUAAAAGGGAUCCGCACAACCCCAUGACUGGCCGGAUACAACAGCAUGUUGAGCGCCUAAUGCGAUCUCGUUCCGAGAUUUUCGAUGAGGCCACCAGAAAGCGAGCUCUAAUUGACCCGGCUGCCGCUGCUGCGAACAACGCAAAGCGGCAGAGAGUCGAACCCUUAGCGGCUCCCCGCCUAGAGAUCAAGCCUCUGAGCCCAGGCACACAUUCUCUCAAAGAUGUCUUCGUCAUCACAAGUAAUGCCGGCUUGCGAGGUUUUGACGCCACCCAGAUCCCAGCCGCACUAGCGGCAAGGAUAAGUGUCACAACGUUGGCAACUCUAAACCCCGACCUGCUUAACCAGGCUAUCGCUGGUAUUCGUAGCCGUCUAACCGCCCUUGCGACUGUCGCCCAACCGGCGCUUCUCAAUCCCGACACGGCACCGCUCGAUGUCGAGGAGGACGAUGAUGAUUAUGAGCCCGACUACUAUGCCGCCGAAGAUACGGAGCAGAUCCUCAACAAGCUCGACAGUGCACCGCCGGAGAAGCCGGCCAACGAGGAACCCGACACGGCGUCUGCUCUCGCAGCUCUGGGGACUUUCAAGCUACCACCGCCACCCUCGCUCGACCCCGAAAGCGCAGCUAAAGUUGGCCAGGUCGCCGUGUCUCGUGUCUUUGGUCCCCUGUCAACGCUCGGCGAACCUUCAGCUCGAAAGCCCAAGGCCGGGAUCAAUCGCCUGGCCGCAAGCUCGUACGAUCGUGACUCGUGGUUAACCGUGAUCAUGCGAUUAGCGACUCGCACCACGAUGGGCCUUGAAGAUGGCAGUAGCUCGAUAAAGGCUGAAGAUGCCGGCACGGCCAUCGAUCGCCCCCGCGUGUCACUCAACGACGGCAUCCGCGAGAUGCUCUACACCUACGUCCUCGAGGACUUCCGCCGUCGGAUCGACGUUGCUGUCGGGUGGUUGUGCGAGGAGUGGUACAGCGACCAGCUGGCAAAGCGGAAUCUCGGCGAGAAUGCGCCGCUGCACUACGAGAAAUGGGCACUCCGCGUCGUGGACGGCUUCCUGCCGUACCUCACGCCGCAGGACAAGGUACUGAUCCGCUUCCUGGGAGAGAUUCCGGAGCUCAGCCCGACGCUACUUGGCCGAGUCAAGUCGCUCUGCAGGGAUCCAAGCACGGUCUCGCUUGCUUUGACGAGCUUGCUGUACCUGGUGAUGAUGCGCCCACCGGCGAGAGAAACAGCUCUCGAUACCGUGGCGGCAAUCUGGGUAGAAUUCGAAGAUGCCCAGCCUCUUGCUGCUAAGUAUCUCGUUAAAUGGCGCCCAGGGUUUAUCGAGUCACAGACCGCUGGCCACGCCGGCGAUAUAUCGGGCGCUGGUGGCACAUCCAAUUUCGCCGUUGCGACAUGAUACCCCCCCCCCCCCCAAAAAAAAACUAGGACGGUGUGUUUGAUAUAAGUGUAUUCUGCAAAAAUAUCUUCUACGAGGAUCCAACCCCGACUGCACGCGACAAUAUCGUGGGCUAGGCAUAGU